AGUGCGUCGCGACGUUUGAACAGAGUGAGUGGCGUCGUUGGCUCCAUAUGAUUUAGGUUGAUGCUGGAGUUGAGCAUAUCAGAAGCGUUCGGAACGCCGGCAACAUCAGUCGCAUCCAGACUGUCGUGCGAGUUUGUCGAAUUGUUAAUCGCGUGCGCGUUUUCUUAUACAAAUUUUCCCACCAUCCCCGAGGAAAAGUGUUGAGCCAAGGAGGUACACUGAAGAAUUGUGAUUUUCUGUGGCUUGUCAAUUGUGUUUGUCCUAUCUUUGUGGGUGGAUUUUGCCAGUCCAGAAGAGUGCUUCUGGGUGUCUGGGAGGACGUCGACUUUGGGAGCAAAAAGUCGCUGGAGCAUUUAUGCCUUUUCUCAAAUUACCAACACCCUGACAUUAAUGAUGAGUGAAAGUGCACUAAAACUUAUAAUUGUCUCUUCGGUGAGGGAAUAAUUUUGCCAUCUUGCGAGUUGCUGUUAGAAAAUCAACAGUGUGCAUUUUCGCGGGCAAAAGACACAUUUAACAAGAAGGUUUUAUUGGCAUUUUCACACCAUAUCGUCAAAAGUUUUUUCUUUGAUGUGAUUGGACUUGAGAGUAUUUUGUAGUUUGAAGAAGUGAUGAAGAGUUUCAGUUGCGGAAAAAUUGUAGAGGAAAAGUUUUCGUGUCCAAUAUGAUUGGUAAUUGAGAUAAUUGUGAAAUCAUUGAAUCAUCUCAAUUUUUCUGCUUCUAACUUUACCCCCUUUUUACCGUUCUUACCACGAAUUUAUUGGAUAAACAAGGAAAAAAAGUAGAGGAUCCUCAGUCUAUACAAUUUAUGUGCUGUGCAUUCAGUGGUUUGACUGACCAAAAAUAGACAUUCACCAUUUGUGCACAUACGUUAUUCAACAUAAACAAGAAAAAUACACAAGAAUAUAUGGAUGAAUAGGAAGGAGUGAAGAAUCUCUGAGACGCCAGAAGGGAUUCCAUUCUCAAAUCUAUACGUUCGCUUGAGCUUGAGGAAGGGAUAGCAGAAAAAAAGGACGAAAAGAAAAAUUGUGUUUUAAGUCCAUCACAAAAGACUUCUCCUGCUUGUACUGAAGCAAGGUGAAACUCUGUGGUCUCAAUUUUCCCGCUAAAAAGUGUGGUGAACGAGAGAGCUAAAAACCUCAGCUCCCAAAGUCCUGGAGAAAAAAAGCGGGAAAAGCAGAAUACAGACGGGCGAAAAAGUGACAAAAACUACACCCAUAAAAUCAUGCUGCGGAGAUAGGAGGAAAAAGAAGUGAAAUAUAAAGUUUUUUUUUUCGUACCAAAAAAAUAAAACCCGCACCAACCGCCAACAUUGAAUUACAAACUGUUUUAUUUUGUGCUCAAGAGGAGUAAGGGGUUUCCAAGUCACACCAAAAUCAUGUCCCAGGAAAAGUGGAAUUGAAAAAGAAUAAUAAAACGUGAAUUGUUCAAGUAUCUCUUGUUUAAACAACAAUAAUAUCCUCGGUGAAAAAAAAAAGAUUUCAUAUUAUAUCCCAGUCAGUGAGAGAGGGGCACAGUAAAAAAAAGACCUAAAAGAUAAAUAUUUACAUAACUUUUCAACCCCAAGGGUGUUCCCACUGGAUCAGUGUUAGUGUGUGUAUGUGUGUUUUUUUAACUAUACAUCUCUCAGUGUUCUAAACCCAACCCUCGAGGCAAAUGAAAAACAAUUAAACCACCGGAACAAUCUCAUCAGCAUCAUCCACAUUGUUGGUGGUGGACCGCCUGGAAACUGCUGUUAUAUGUUUGAAACUCUCAGCAUCCAACUCUUGAAUCAUUAAAAUGUGGCACAACACUAAAAUCAGUGCUUCUGCAUGGAGGCGCUUCAUUGGCGUCGGGGUGCUUCUGCAAAUUAUUGCUAAUUGUGGACUGGGUACACUUGCACUGCGCAAUGUGACGCUAAUUGUGGAUCCACCAGCUGUUCGACGGUCACAUAAUGCCAAGCUUCUUUGUCUUUACGAUCUCGAGGGAGCUCCUCUGUACUCUGUAAAAUUCUACAGAGGUCUUCGUGAAUUCUAUAGAUACUUACCAAGUGAGACACCGAAGAAUACAAUCUUCCCUUUUCCGGGAAUCCAUGUUGAUUACUCCCUCUCAAAUGCCAGUCAAGUAGUGAUUCGGAAUGUUGGAUUUGGAUUGUCUGGCAAUUUUUCGUGUGAAGUCUCAGCUGACGCACCAUCCUUCUCCACAGCAAUGGCUCACAUCCAGAUGCAAGUUGUGGAAUUACCAGAGAAGCAGCCCUCUCUUUAUACCGAACACGAUAGAUAUGAACCAGGUGAUGUGCUCAGAGCAAAUUGCAGCUGUCCACCUUCACGGCCCAAAGCUGAUUUAACUUUGACUCUCAAUAAUAUUGUGAUAAAUCACGGAGAGACACAGUACUAUCAGACUACAGAUAACCUCAUACUGGCCUACGCGAGCCUGCGGCUGCAGCUCCAGAGCAGCCACUUUGGGGGUCCAGUACCCAGUGUUGGUACAGGUCUGGUUCUGCGGUGUACCGCUGAAAUUGGGAAUCUCUAUCAGGAGUACACGGAACUUGAGCUGGGUGUUCCGCAGCGUGAUCCAAUUCCAGCACGAGUGACCUCAUCUCGAUCACAUUGUCUUCAAGCAGAUUACUGGUACUUUUCAUUAACGUCUAUUGCGUCAUUUAUGCUGCUGCGUCGUCUCACUGUGAGAUAGUUACUCUAUUAUUAAGUAUUCUUCUAGAUUUAGCAGAUGGUAUGAUUAGAAUAAGAUAAAAAGAUGAAUUUUAUUCACUUGUGUUUGAUGAUGAAAAAUUCUGUGAGACAGUGACUCAAUGAAAAUACUUCACUUUAAGAAGCUUCUUGGAAUGUAUAGGACAAAGAAAAAUCGUAAGAAAUCAUCGAGGAAAAUGUUAGUAAAGUUAUAAUAAUGUGACAUUGAAUUUUAUAUUUGAAUGUCAUUGCAUUUUGGUAGAGCCAUUAAGUGUGAGCUGAGAAUGAAAGACAUAAUUUCCAUUGUAAAGAUUAUAAAGAGGCAACAGCAGUAAUCAAUUAAGAUAAAUAGGUAGAGUAAUUUAAAAGAAAAAGAGAUCAAAAGAAUGUAAAUAUUCAAGUUUGUCUCACCUUUUAUUCCUUUGAAAAAUCUAUUAUUUUUCUCAUAAGAUUGCAAAGUGUUAUAUUUGUAUAAUCAUAUCUUAUGGUAAGACUUGCUGAUGGAGGAAAAUAUGUAUAGAAAUAAUUCAAUGUAAAAUGGCUGUCCGUCCUCGAAAGAGCGAAUUUUUUUUCCAUCGAAAGCAACUUCUUCUAAAGCUAAGAAUUUAUUCAUAAAUAAACUAAAAAAGAACAUAAACUUUACUCCGUCGAAGGAAUUGUCAAAUAAAUUUAAAAAAAAUAGUAUAACUUGCAGAAAAAGAAAAUUGAUUUUAUGUCUCUUCAGAGUGUCACAAAUAUAACCAUACAGUAAAUCAAAAAAAAAAUCAUGACGAGAAUAUAAAAUAUGCAAAAAAACAUGAAAAUUAAUUAAAUUUCAAUGUUUAUACAAUAAAAAAAUGUAAUGAAGCAUGAAAAGGGCAAGGAUUAAACAAUGGAUGAAAUUAUUCAAAUAAUUGAUAUGAAAAAUCGAAUAAAUGCUAAAAGGAAUUAAUGUAUAAUAUUAACUAUUGUAUAAUAAUAAAAAAAAAUAUGAAUGGAAAUAAAUUUCAAAUAUAAAUACUCAAUAA